CGCUUUAGGAAUCGGCAGAACUUGAGUCUAGAAGCAAGCAGGCGUGUAUUGCAAGUGGGUGAGCAGUCGAGUGUCGUCAGGCAGCCUUUUCUGGAACCGAAAUUACACGCCACACGUAACACAGAGAACUUCGAGCCGCCCUUUGCACCAGGAUAAAUUAAACUCAAGCCAAGGAUAAGUGAUACUGUGACAUAGCAGAUAUGGUGUCGUCAACCGUGGUCGAGAAUGGCGAGACAACCGCCCUGGCGGUAAAUUCGGCACCAGCUGUCGGCGUACCGCCUGGCGAUUAUAGACUCGUAGGAUGGGACAUGGACGCCACUGGUAGGAGACUGAUCGACGAGAUUUGCCAAAUUGCCGGGUACACGCCUAGUUCCACCUAUGGCCAGUAUGUCAUGCCUUUCAAGGAUCUCAAUCCACCGGCGAGAAAGAGGCACAAUAUUAGAGUUGUUACCAUCGGAAAAUACCGAAUGCUCAAGGACAACAAGACAAACAAGGUAUUGAAGACGAAAAGUGAGAUAUCCGCUCUGAUAGAUUUUAUCACGUGGCUUGAGUCGGUCAAGGGAGAUGCAGCCGACGGUGUGAUUCUAGUUUAUCAUGAGCCACGCAAAGUCAUACCUUCCAUGCUGCUCGAGUCAUUAAGGAAAUUCAACCUUUUAGAUCGAUUCAAGCAAACCGUCAAAGGCUUUGCAAACGGGUUUAACGUUGCAGAGGUCAAAUGCGCCGAUACAGUACGCACAUUUUCCUUACGCACAUUAUCGCGUGUUAUGCUAGACAAGGAAGAAGAGUUGGACAAUGCUGUUGAUAGGGCGCGGCUAGCUCUCCAAGUCGUGCAGCACUUGAGUGCUGGUGAAGAAAAUGCAAAAGGUGCCGAGGGUAGCGGAAGUGGUGAUAGCGACGCAGCGACAAAAGGGACCAUAGAACUAAUAAGAGAAUUCGUACAGCCAACACAUGUCGAAGAAAAGGAAUUAGCGGGCUUGAAAUUGGUUCUCAAUCGCCAAAACAGUCUAAGACCUGUCUUCGGAAUGCUACUUCGCCAAAGUCGCCGCGAACGACAACACGCUAGCCUCUUACGCCGAUUAUUAGCUGAGGCUAAUGUCGACUAUGCAGAACUGCAGGACGUAUGGUUAACGGAGAAAAAGGAGGGUCUGCAAAAGUUAAUAAAAGAGAAAGUAACAGGAGCGAAGGAAAAGGAGGAAGAGGAACUAUUAGAGGUACUCGAGUGUCACUUUGACCCAGAAAAAAAGAUGAAACCGAGAUUAGAUGUUGAAAAAAAAGAAGGAAAGAAAGGAAACGUUGGCAAAGGUGCAGCGGAAUCUAAGGAGAACGUCAAAAAUGAAUCCGUUAUUGAGAGUCCGGAUACGACAACAACGAGUUCUCCUCUGAAAGAGAAACUUGCACCCCAGGAGAAUGCCGAGGUAAAAUCUACGGAUGUGAAAUGCGAAUAAAAUCAAAGUAUCCUGAAGCCAGUGCCUUAUUUCAAAUACAGAGUGAACAUUUUUGUUCUUGAAUUUCCUACAUUGGUAUGAUAAUCUUUAAAAACUAAGUGAAAAUGUUGAUAAAAAAAAAAAAGAGAAAAGAUAUGCUAAGAAAAGAAAAGCGGCAGGUGAAGUUAGCUUGUUACAAAAAGUUUUAUUUAGAUUUCUCGUGAUAUUCGGACACGUUUGUCAGUCCUGGAGACUACACUGUCCGGUUCGAUUCAUAUAGUACUAUAUUAUAUUAUAUUAUGUUAUUAUAUUAUAUUAUUUACUUUAGUUCGUCACAAAAUGAACGUAUUAUUUUUUUUCUUUUUUUUUUUUCCUGUUUAUUAUCUACCGAGUUUUGUUGAUUUUUUGUAUUUCUUCGUUUUCUAUCUAAAUAAUAAGAUUCGUUUAAUCUCCUUAUGGAAUUACGUUGGGGUCACACAAAUAAUAAAUAAAUGAAUAAUCCCAAUGUAAAAAAUUUAUACUUAUAUCGUACUUGAUUGAAUUAUCGAUUUGCUGUUGCCAUUAUAAAUAUUAUGGAUAACUUCUGUGCAUAACUAAAAUUGCAAAUAUUUGGUUUUGUUAUUUUUUAUUUUUAUUUUUUCCUUCAAAGUAUAAACUGGCGGAACAUUCCUGCUGCGUCAAAAACAAAAACCGUAAAAAAAAAAAAAAAAAAAAAACUAACUGCAAAUAAAACGAGCAAAAAAAAAACAAGGUGAUAUGCAUAAUUACAGAAUUAAUAAAAGCAAAUAAAU